AUGGGCAAGAAGACCACAAAGACCUCGACACUGGGCGAGGGGUCCGAUCAGCGGGUACAAGCUGCGAAUGGAGCUUCCGAGUCGACGACCACUGGCAGCAGCAAGAAAGGCACCAACAAAUCGUCCACCGCGUCUCAACCAUCGACCUCGGCACUCGUCAUCUGCAGAAACAAACAUUGGAAAUACAUCUCAUCGUUUCACGGACCAUGGCUCCAGUUACCUCUGGAGGUCCUCGAGACCAUCGCCAAUGCCAAUUAUUACAUGCCUCUGCCUCGGCCGGUCGACCCUUCCGUCUUUUACGACCUGGUCAAGAUUCGAAAGCUCGUUGAUAAUGCCACGGACCUCGCAGUCCGAGCUGCCAAUGGCGUCUCCUCGCCUGCCAUGUCCAAUUCGUCGGCCGGAGGAGGUACACAUCAGAUGCAGGCGCUCGGGCUCGGCUUUGCGAACAAUGGGGGCAUGAAAUUAAGUCCCGAGAGGCGAUUCAAGCUGCGCGAACAGGCAACACAAAAGUUGUCGCGGGCAUAUCAUAUCGAUGAGAUUGCGUCGAGCGUGGCCACCAUGCAAUCGACCUCGACUUUGGAAAAUGUGGCCGGUCUGGUAAUGCAGAGAGCGCCCGAGGACCCAGAUGCCAACUAUGUGCAUUUCUUUCACGAAAAGAUACCCAGUCGGCAACUUGCAGAAUGUACUGAUUUCCGCGCCCUGGACCUAAUUAUAAAUCAACGUCACGGUGACUGUGAACCACUGAGAACUAGGGCUAUAGUGCGCAUGUUCAAGGACGACUUUGAAGGUGCUGCGCAGGAUCUCACCCGUUCCCUGGCUGUCUAUCGGACGUACAACAGCUCUUCCCUGCACCAACUUGCAAAUGAUUAUGACAAUAUGGAAUUGGAGCCCAGAACUACGCGGCGGCGGGACUUGCCACCGUUGGAUGAGCGGGAUCAGCCAAGGAGCACAGAGAUCCAAGUCUUGUUCCAGCGCGCAGGUUGCUAUCUGACCUUGGCCUGCAGCCACGUAGAGCAGUCGCUGCUGAAACGUACGUCACCCAGGAACGAUGCUGCCGAUGUAGCUUCGAAUGAAACGACAACCAUUAAAGAUGCGUCGCUGCCAUCUCCUACGAUUGACUCCCUCUCCGCAGAGACGGGCCCUACCAAGCGAGAAUUGGAGAACCGCAAGGCUGUCAGAAUGUAUGCCAAACGGGCACUGAGAGACUACAUGGAGUACCUCAAAUCUUUACAAUAUUCGCCUAAUAUGCCCAUCGAAUUAUCAGAUGAAUUUACCAAGCUAGUCAAUCAAGCCAAUCAACGCAGUCGGAGACAUCGCGUUGGAACCCAGGACCUAUCGAGCCCAACGGACGGGUCAGAAGGUCAUACGGUCUACUCGCUUCACCAGUUGUUUUCUGCGACGCCACCUGCAGAUCUGCCCGCAUAUCCCUCCACAGAUCUGGUCUCUGCCCGUGACUCCAACCCUGUGACAACAAUGGAGUUUGUCACUUAUCAUCCCUUGCUUACAGAUGCCCUUCAUUCCUUGCUAUUGUGUCAUGCUCUAAUUCAGACAUCUGCAAAAGAGCUUCAAAGACAUGCUUACAUGGUUGCUCGCCUUGCUCGUUUGGCAGAUGGCUACCCAGUCUUCCAAGCUAGCAGGUCUCCGGCCCGGGCCGAUUGGAUUGAAAUCUUGCGUAGAAGUGAGAGCUGGCUCGAUCUAUGCUCGUCAUGGGAGGCACUGUGCGCCCCAGCACCUCUUCUCACUACUUUGUCGCCAGGCGGCAAUCUUUCCAGCGCUGCGGCAACAGCUAAUGCGCUGGCCAUCACAGGGGGGCAAAGUCCAACUGAAAGUGAUGAACAAAGAACAGACCGACUCAAACACCAGGCGAUUAUUGAGGCCCUCGAGGAUGAGCGCGUCAAUGAUGAGGCGAGCUUCAGAGCGUCCAUCCUUGCACGUCAACGCAGAGCUGAAGCUGAGCAGGCCAUUGCCUCUGGGGUGCCUGCAAAUGGAAGCAGUGCCACCGCCAAGUCUCCAUCCCUAUCAUCCCAGAAACGGUGGGCAGUGGACGACGGACGUGAGUACCCGAUUCUCACAGAGAGAGCGGAGGCCGUCGCCCUCUGGGUUCGUGAAGCGCCUGCGGGAUCUGGCGUUGGCGGCGGCAAGCGGAAGAAGAAGCCGGGAUCAGCGAAGAAACCUGCAUCGACGCCUGCUACCGACAGUGCUGAGAGCUUGGACGUAACCGCAGUGCGGUAA